AUGCGUCCAUUAACAGAGACAGAGACAAAGGUUGUCUUUGAGAAGCUUGCCAACUAUAUUGGUAGAAACAUUUCCCAGUUACUUACAGAUACACAUGUUUUCAGGAUUCAGAAGGAUCGAUUAUACUAUGUUCCUGUUGAAAUUGCGAGGUUUGCCACGUCGGUUGCACGUAAGCAGCUCAUGUCUGUAGGUGUGUGUUUUGGGAAAUUCACAAAGACGGGAAAGUUUAGGUUGCACAUCACUUCAUUGCCAUAUCUGUCCAAAUACGCAAAGUACAAGAUAUGGAUCAAAAACAACGGUGAAAUGCCCUUUUUGUAUGGUAACCACGUCUUGAAGGCGCAUGUGGGGAAGAUGAGCGACGAUGUCCCUGAACAUGCCGGUGUCAUUGUGUUUUCGAUGAACGACACGCCGUUGGGAUUCGGGGUAUCAGCAAAGAGUACCAUUGAGGCCAGAAAUCUACAACCAACUUCCAUUGUUGUUUACAGACAAGGAGAUAUUGGUGAAUAUCUAAGAGACGAAGAUACGUUGUUUACCUGA